AUGCUGCGUGACACAAUCAAGCAGAGCUGGCCUUUAGGGAUCCAACUGGAAAAGCCUUACGGCGGCUCACACGAAUAUGUUCUGUGGGGAUUUCCUUGGGAUGGAAAAGGACAAGCAGGCAUUGAAGCUCGAAGGCUUGUGCGCAACGUGUUGGCAGCACUGUAUGGCGCGGGCUGGAUUCUGAUAUUCUCAACCGAUGUUAGCAAAAAAGAGACUGACAAAGACACCAUGAUUUUUCGCCAUCAAAUGCCUCCGCCGCCACCCUCCGAGUGGAUUAGCAUUGCGUUCUCGCAGUUCAACAUGGUGCGACUGAUUGACGUUCCACCAGAUCUCUCAUGGGAGCUCCACAACGCCUUGACGAUUGCUCGCUUGCGUCGAGAGCCACACCAGUAUUCACAGGGUGUCACGGAAAUAGCGUUGAACUCUAGUUACUGGUACGCGGAGGGUUCAGACACCAUGCUUGCUCGCCAAUUAAUACUACAGUUGGUUUUGACACUCGAGCAACAUGGCUUCACAGUGUAUGCCUCUGUGGAUCAGAAAAACACCUAUCAAGAACAUCGCUCCGAGACGGAUACUUGGCAUUUGUGCAGACCUAUUGGAUGGAAGCCGGGCAUGCCUGUCUUCCAUCGCUAG